AUGGUAUUGUUUUUUCCAAGCACUGAGAAAUAUGUUACCUUCAAUGAAGAUGAGGUGAAGCGUUUCAUUUGGUCGACAUAUGCACUUGGUCUAAUUCCGAUAGCCAUGAACUAUUUACAAGUUCCGAAUGUUGAUGUGAUUCGUUUCUUCGCUUUUGACAUACUGAUAGCUACAUCAGCUUUCCUUCACAUCCCAAUAUACAUUAUGCUUGAGAAACAGAAGCAUUUAGCCUCCGCUCAGCUCAACAAACCACAUAGAUAUGUCAUGUGGCAACUAAUAAUAAUAAUGAUCUGCAGAUUGGCCCGGCUACCUAUUAUUCUACUGUCAGGCAACAUAGCACGUGCUACAUUCGAAUGUGGAACUGUCGAUACAGUGACUACAUGUCUAACCAUUCAGUUGGCUUACUUGGGAUGUUGCAAAAGAAAUUUGGAGAGUCUCAAAAGUAUUCUUUUGGAAAAGUGGUGGAUUCGGUUGCUGCUUUGCAAGUGUAUGAACAAGAAUAGAGUUGCAGCUAUCGAAAGACCAAUUAAUAACUUAGAAGUCUUACAAAGGUUAUGA